GGCGCAGCGGGGGACUGCAGCCUGAGCGUCGGGCUGUCGGCCUGUGCUCUGCUCCUCGAGGGGGCGGUGGAGCCCAUGCAGAUUGACGUGGACCCCCAGGAGGACCCCCAGAAUGCACCUGAUGUUAAUUACGUGGUGGAGAACCCCACCCUGGACCUGGAGCAGUAUGCAGCCAGCUACAGUGGCCUGAUGCGUAUCGAGCGGCUACAGUUCAUUGCUGACCACUGUCCCCCGCUGCGGGUGGAAGCCCUGAAGAUGGCCCUGUCUUUCGUGCAGAGGACCUUCAACGUGGACAUGUACGAGGAGGUCCACCGCAAGCUGUCGGAGGCUACCAGGGAGAUGCAGCACGUCCCUGACGCCAUCCCCGACAGUGGUGUGGAGCCCCCGCCCCUGGACGCGGCCUGGGUGGAGGCCACACGCAAAAAGGCUCUGCUGAAGCUGGAGAAGCUGGACACGGACCUGAAGAACUACAAGGGGAACUCCAUCAAGGAGAGCAUCAGGCGUGGUCACGAUGACCUGGGGGACCACUACCUUGACUGCGGGGACCUCAGCAACGCCCUCAAGUGCUACUCACGGGCCCGUGACUACUGCACCAGCGCGAAGCACGUCAUCAACAUGUGUCUCAAUGUUAUCAAGGUCAGCGUCUACCUGCAGAACUGGUCUCACGUGCUGAGUUACGUUAGCAAGGCCGAGUCCACCCCUGAGAUUGCUGAGCAGCGUGGGGAGCGGGACAGCCAGACCCAGGCCAUACUCACAAAGCUCAAGUGUGCCGCAGGCCUGGCCGAGCUGGCUGCCCGGAAGUACAAGCAGGCUGCCAAGUGCUUCCUGCUUGCCUCCUUUGACCACUGCGACUUCCCCGAGCUGCUUUCCCCUAGCAACGUGGCUGUCUACGGGGGCCUGUGUGCCCUGGCCACCUUUGACCGCCAGGAGCUUCAGCGCAACGUCAUCUCCAGCAGCUCCUUCAAGCUGUUCCUGGAGCUGGAGCCCCAGGUACGGGACAUCAUCUUCAAGUUCUACGAGUCCAAGUAUGCCUCAUGUCUCAAGAUGCUGGAUGAGAUGCAGGACAACCUCCUCUUGGAUAUGUACCUUGCUCCCCACGUCAGGACCCUAUAUACCCAGAUCCGCAACCGUGCCCUCAUCCAGUAUUUCAGUCCCUACGUGUCGGCAGACAUGCGCAAAAUGGCCACUGCCUUCAACACCACGGUGGCCGAGCUGGAGGACGAGCUGACCCAACUGAUCUUGGAGGGGCUCAUCAACGCGCGGAUCGAUUCUCACAGCAAGAUCCUGCAUGCGCGGGACGUGGACCAGCGCAGCACCACCUUUGAGAAGUCCCUCCUGAUGGGCAAGGAGUUCCAGCGUCGGGCCAAGGCCAUGAUCCUGCGCGCUGCAGUGCUGCGCAACCAGAUCCAUGUCAAGUCUCCUCCGCGAGAAGGAAGCCAGGGGGAGCUCACGCCUGCCAACAGCCAGUCCCGGAUGAGCACCAACAUGUGA